UGUUUGGAUUUUACUGGUAUGCCGGACAACGUCUCGCGUUCAACUCCUCUAGGACGCGAUCCACAACUUUCAGCCAGUCCGCAGACUGACGAGAAGAAACUGCUGAUUGCUAUCAGUGGACUGUCUCGUCAGCUUACUCAACAUACUGCCGACAUGAAUGAGAGGUUCACUCAAAAGAGGACAAGAUGGCGGCUCUGCAGUCGAAGAACUGUGCUGGAGAGACUAACUCCAUCAAGAGAAGACGGAUGCACAAAAGCUUGCGUACGCCGUCUUCACAACUCGGAGACAAAUUGCAGGCGCUAUGAACCGGCGCAAGGACUAAGCACGCCUCAUAAUGAGGCAGUUACCUCCUAUCUGCUCGGAGCAAUAACUGCAAGCCUCGAUUUACACUAUAUUGAUAAAGACGACAUUGUGUCCGCCUGUAAGACGUAUUACGAGACGGUACGCAGGAGCUUCAGAUAUACGCAGCCAGAGAACUCAAUGCGGGCGGAAGCUGCCAAGAAUUCAGCUCGGAGUCGAGCGAGAAGAAAGAGGCUGCAGAAAUCGAGGCAGAGCGUGCUAGCUGAUGAGGAAGUGGAACUCUGGAUGUCCGCCACCGUCGACCUCAUGUCUGACGAGGAAGAUGGCGUCGUUGGCGGGGUCUCUGGAUGGAUUGUACCGCCGUCAUUUCGUAGGCCGGAUCUCUCUGAACUCUGUGUGAAGCUGCAGUCCCGGUUAGAGGCAAUGCUGAAGUACAGAGCCACGCACAUGGGCGUCUGCACAACGGACCUGCCUCGGAAAGAACGCCUAGCCGAGGAGAGGGUUCUGCCUCCACCAGUAAGCUCCGCUCUGCCGGCCGCUGAAGGAUCUGCUCUGCCGACCACUGAAGGCUCCGCUCUGCCGGCCGCCAAGAAAAUAGAUCCACCGGCCGACGAGGAUGAGCCCAAGGACGCCCUCUGA